GUUUACAAUUCCAUAUACAUACCGAUACAACAAUGCGAGUAAUUCACAACGAAUAUUCAGAGUAAACAACAUUCAGAGAAAAAUUCUGGUGGAAGAGCGAUUGACUGAACGAUGGCUGUUUACAAACAUUUACAAUGACACAUUCUGUCAUUCAAAAGUCAGACGAACGAAGUUCUUUGUUUAUAUAUAUUCACUGUUCACCACAAAGCCGGCGUAAUUGGGCGCAAAACUAAAUUUAACUGGAAUUUUGGCUGGAAUUUCAUCGGAAACACUAAACAAAAGAUAAUUUGGUCUAGCUAUUGGUUGUGAUAAAUUGUCGGCAGAGAUCAAAGGGAAUUAAAUAUUGGAAAACAUCCACCAGUUGCCGGAGACGAUUUGAUUGCUUAAAAAUUUGAUUAAAUUCUUCGUCACUACAAAAUUUCGUUAAAAUCAAUACAUCACCGCACACGAGCGCGAAAAGUAACAAAGAAAAAAAAACGAUUGUGUUUAUUGCGCCGCAAAAUGGAAUCACCGUCAACAAAACGUAAGCGAUUCGAAAGUGGUGUUGUGAUUGAAGAUCAAGUGGCAACCGCUAGCAAAAGUGGAUUUGCAUCGAAAAUAUUUCGUCGACAAUAUUUAGAUGAAAAAACAGCCGAUGUUUACUUUAUAUGUGGACCGACAGAGGAACGUGUGCCGGCUCACAAAAGUGUGCUAUCAAAGGCAAGCGAUCCAUUUGAUCGGAUGUUCUACGGCCCAAUGGCUGAAACGGGCGAUGUCAAAUUGCCGCACACCAAUCCAGACGCCUUUCGUGAUUUUCUUCAAUUUUUCUACUUGGACGAAGUGAAUUUGAACAUGGAUUACAUUGUUGACAUAAUGGAUCUAACGAAUAAAUAUUGCAUGCCCGAGUGUUUGGUGGUGUGCGGCAGUUUUUGGGCAAAACAUUUGACAUUCGACGAUAUUUGUUGCGCAUAUUAUUGGGCGAUUUUCUAUCAAGAACCGGAAUUUAUUGAGUUUUGCGAGCGUAAAAUAAGCGCCUAUUCACAAUUGGUCUUUAAAUCUAAUGGUUUUUUGCACUGCGACUACAUCGUUCUCAGUCAUAUUCUUGAGCUGGACUCGUUGUUGUGCGAUGAAACAAUUGUAUUUGAAGCGUGCAUGGAUUGGGCUCAAAAUGCUUGUGUACGUGAUGGAUUGAAUCCAAAUGACACGACCAAUCUACGGAUCAAGCUCAAAGAUUCACUCUAUAAAAUUCGUUAUUGUUCCAUGACGGUGAAGGAAUUUCGUGAACAUAUGGAUACAUACAAUGAUCUUUUUACCGAUGUUAAAGAGUAUGAAGACAUCAUUCGGAUGCUAUCGGGAUCGAAGAAUCUGAAAACGGGACGGUUCAAUCCGAAUCCACGGUCGACAAACAUUUUUCAGUGGGACGACAGUCGUGUUUUUAAAUGCAAAUUAAUAAAUAACAACAAUUCCUCCGUUUUUAGCUCUAAUAAGCCAUUACUUUUGGGCGGAUUUUAUUGUGCACCCAUUUCAGAGGCGACAAACUGGCGACAUACUCAAGUUGAUAUGACUAUUACCGAAGAACCAAAGACGGAAAAUUCAGAGAAAAUAUGUCCCAAAAUUAUCGUUAGCAAACAAAUCAAAUUGGACGCAAAAGAAGAAACUUAUGUGGAAUUCGCUGAUACCGGCACUCCCAUUAUAAUCAGACCCGAAUUCAAGUAUCGCAUCAAUUUCAAACCAAUCACAACAGGAUUGCCGUUCUUGAUAAUUAAUCGAAUUCGAGAAAUUAAACUUGACGAUGAAACUAUUAUGCAAUUCCCACAGGAAGACAACGAUGAAGAUCGAGCGAUUAUCAAACGAUUCAAUUUUAAUCGAUUAUAAGUCAGUCAUUUUGAUGGAAAUCAUUACUCUUCCACACACACACAUAUAUAAAUACUUUAGUUCACAAACCCUAUUAAUUUACUAGUAUUAAAGCCAGAAAUUUUUUAUGUCGACUUUUCAGUCUAUUUUGGUUUGAAUUUAACAUUUUUUCUAAUUUACUGCUUAAAAUUAAAUUCAAGUGAGAUAAGACGGAUAGUACCGUUCAGCUUGAAUGCUUUAAAAUCUUUAUUAUAGAUAUUUUUAAUAGAAAAGCGUAUUUUUCAUGUUACAUGACUCAUGUUGAACUAGUCAUCAAGAACUCAAUGAACAAUGUUCUGUAACCUGAAACAUACAUUUUAAAUUUCUUUCCCAUACGCGAAAGUAAAAUCUCAAAAUGUUGUACUUAAUUUGCAUUUUUAUAAUAUUUUUACUUUUUUUUAG